CGGCAGUGUUUACGAUAGUCACGUGAUCCGCCAGCGGACCAGACUUUUCCUGCAGCUUUUUAAAGCUCAGACACUGACCCUAAUCCAGAAUGAGAAAAGACGCCGAUCUUGGUAUGUUGGUCGUCUUCAUCUCGCUCACUUAUUUUUAUGGGAGAAAAAGGAAGGAAGGCGAGCCCCCACUAAUUAAAGGAUGGAUUCCCUAUGUGGGGAAGGCCCUGGAGUUUGGUCGAGAUGCCCACCGGUUCCUGACUGCACACAGGAACAAGCAUGGAGAUGUUUUCACUGUCCUUAUUGCUGGCAAAUACAUCACAUUUGUUAUGGACCCAGUGUUAUACCCCUCCGUCAUCAAGCACGGCAAGCACCUCACCUUCCACGAAUUCUCAGACAAGGUGCCUCCAGUGAUCUUCGACUUCCCGCGUGUCAGGAGCCCCCGCUUCCCGGAGCUGACCAACCACAUCCAGAAGUCCUACAAUUUCCUGAAAGGCGAGAACCUGAAUCUGCUGAGCGAGACCAUGGUGAGGAACCUGCUGCUGGUGCUCCGGCAGGACUACCUGGGCCUGGCCGGCGAGUGGAGCGCCGACGAGCUAUACCGCUUCUGCUGUAGAGUCAUGUUCGAGGUCACCUUCAUGACGCUCUACGGAAAGUCCCCCCAGGGCAUGCGGCACGGGAGCAUUAGGACCCUGAGGGAACAGUUUGAGAGCUUCGACGCCGCGCUCCCCAUGCUGGUUGCCGGGAUCCCUAUCUCGUUCCUGGGAUCCACUAAAUCCGUACGUAGGGAGCUGAAAGCCGUCCUGAUGCCCCAUAACCUGGCCACGUGGGUGGGUCCAUCCCGCUUCAUCCAACACCGGGCUGAGUUAUUUGAGCAGUACCAUGCACUGGAGGAUGCGGACAAAGCUGGCCAUCACUUUGCCAUCCUUUGGGCGUCUGUGGGGAACACCAUCCCGGCCACCUUCUGGGCAUUAUACCACCUGGUCACCCACCCCGAAGCCCUGACCGCCGUCCGGACCGAGGUCCGCCGCGUCCUGGGGCCGUUCGAGCAGGGAGCAGACGCAGAUCUGCCGUUGGCGUUCACCCAGGAGAAGAUCGACGGGCUGGUUUACAUGGGCAGUGCCAUCCAAGAGAGCCUGCGACUGUCCGCCGCUUCCAUGAACAUCCGAGUGGCACAGGAAGACUUCAUCCUCCAGCUGGCCCAGGGUUACUCCGUACCAGUGCGUCGCGGUGACGUCAUCGCCCUCUAUCCCCAGAGCAUGCACAUGGACCCUGAGAUCUUUGAGGACCCUGAGGCAUACCGGUUUGACCGGUUUGUGGAGGAUGGACAGGAGAAGAAGACAUUUUAUAAGAGUGGCCAGAAGCUCAAAUACUUCUGCAUGCCGUUUGGGUCCGGUUCCUCCAAGUGCCCCGGGAGAUACCUUGCCAUGAACGAGAUGAAGCUGUUUCUGGCCUUGCUGCUGACGUACUUUGAUUUGGAAGUGAUGGAGGACCAGGCCCGGCCCGGCCCGGAUCCCAGUCGAGCAGGCCUGGGUGUCCUCCUCCCCAACACUGACAUCCGGUUCCGCUACCGGCCGCGACCUGUUUGAUUUAACCCAGGCUGAGUUGCAUAGAAUUAUGCUGCUUAUUGGCUCGUAACACUGCCACAAGCCGAAUGGCUCAAAUUGCACUGUUUACCUUAAAUAUGAAGUUGUGAUUGCAGAAGGCGGCCAACGUGUGGUGUGUUAAUUGAAGGUGUGGACCGCCAACCUUAAGGUUGCUGUUGUGUUCUUCAAGGAAGGUACUUAAAGUGAUUUGCUCCAAGAAGAAAUUUCCAAAUAUAUAAGAUAUAUAAGGGGCAGUGGUGGCCGAAUGUUUAAGGACGCAAACUUAUAAUUGAAAGAUUGCAGGUUCGGAUCCCCGACCAGCAAGACACCCCUGAGGUACCCUGAGCAAGAUACCGCCCCCAAGCACUGCUCCCCGGGCGCUAAAUUAGCUGCCCCCUGUUAUGUCACAACGUCACAUAUGGGUUAAAUGCCAAGGACACAUUUCAUUGUUGUGCACUGUGUGCUGAGGUGUGUUAACAAUCCUCACUGAUUACCAUGUGCAUUCUAAUUGGUGUGAUUCUAUUGGUUAAGCAAUUUGCAACAGUUUUACCAAUGUGUUAAAUGUAAAUUUCACUGGGAAAAAUACAAAAAUAGUACAAUAGCUCUACUGCAGAUUUCACUUUUACAUUGAAAUAUAUCUUUUCAUUAUAAAAAUUGGACAGGUGGAGUUUGAGUCACAGAGAUAAAGUUGUGGCUUGUUGAUCGGCUCGUAGUUGGGAAUGUGCUAAGCCAAUGGGGAGCUGGCAAAAAAUCACCAUGGAAACAAAAUCGCCAGAUUCCUACCUCAUGCUGCUGUCCAGCGUGUCACUGUUUUGCAUUCUCACUCAAUUUCCUGAAGGAAGUCUUUCAAAUGGUAACCAAUAGACCUGUUUAAAAGCCUUAUAAAGGAAGAUUUUUAAUAUACGCGUACAGUUAUGCAUACAUGCAAUGCUUGUAUUUCACUGUAAUAUUCAUGUACAUGUGCAUGUUCUAACUAAUUCUGGUAUUAAACAGUAUUUACAUUGAACUUGAUUUCAUACAAUGGCUAUUGUGUAUAUGACUAUAAUGUGACAUCCUAUUGUACAUUGUUGCCUAAUGUUAGCGCUUUCUAAGAUGUUUGCUUAUAUUACUCUCCUCGGUAUAAUGAGCUUGCAUUCAUUUAAGCGUUAGUCACAUAAUACAAACAUACGGUGGAACCCAGUUAUAGCGAUGCUGGAUAUAGUGAUCAACCGCUUAUAUGGAUGAAGAAGCUUGGGACAGAAUAAUUCUUAUACAAAUACUGUCUAAAUAACUCUCUUAUAGAGUAAUCAAGUGGUCUGCUUACUAUGGAAAGACGUUUGAGCAUUUAUUUGACAUCCAUGAUAUCCUUGAUAUCAGACGUCAGUUUCCUCCACUAGUUUGGUCAGUACUACUUGGACUUUUCCUCAGACUAGUUUGGCCAUUUUGUCAAACUAGUUGAACAAGAUCUCUUACUAGUCGCUUUUUCAUUACCUAGUGGCCUAUAAUUUUCUGCACUAGUUAACUAGUAGAAGCCAAAAUGCUCAGUCGUUGACUAGUUGGAGUAUUUUGGCUUUACUAGUCAACUGGUGAGGCUCACAAUGUUUACUAGUUGAAUUAGUGAAAGCCUAAAUGCUCCUUAGUUAAACUAAAUGCUAUCCAGGAGGCAGGAAAGGUGCAUAAAUUGAACCUAUUGAUUCUCCGGCAAUAAUUCCACCCAGGGAAAAUUCAACCCUAUAAAGCCUUAUGUUAUUUUACGGUUAACUGCCAGCUGCGUGCUGACUAGCCAUGCAGAAUAAAGCUUGGAAAUGCGUGUCUGCAAGUAAAACAUAUAAGUAGCUCUGCUUCACUGCUACUGUAUAUCUUUCAACUGUGAGGCAUCGAACUGGACAAAACCUGAGCGAAAAUUGCUUGAAGAAACGGGACUGCACGCAUGAGAAAUAUGAGUUACAGCGCGAGGGUUACUGCGUGGGAUGUAGUCUCUCUCUCUCUCGUGCAAUAUACUGCGCGAGAGAGACCGGAUUCCACGAAAGAAAGAACAAGUUAUGCAAGAGAGGUCGAACUUUAAAAAAGGUGAACAAAAUAAAAACAUUGCCGAUGAUUUGAUCCGCUAACUCGGUCCAGAAAACCUACAUCUGUAAAUCAAGGACAGACCUUCUUAUGCAUAACUGUUCUGCUUCCAUCCAUCCAUUUUCCAGACCGCUUGUCCUAGGCUUCUGCGAUGGGCUGGCCCCCCAUCCUGGGUUGUUCCCUGCCUCGUGCCCAUUGCUUCCGGGUAGGAUAAGCGGUUUGGAAAAUGGAUGGAUGGUAGCAGGCUUGCUUGCCGUCACUGACAAUGAGUCUUGGUUUAUUCAGAGCUCAAUAUUUUGUCAGAAAAAAUCUCAGAGAAUGGUGUUUACUCUCAGUUUCUUCUUCGUCAGUAAUAAACAGAACACGUACCGGCCAUAUUUGUGAAGAUACUUGUCCUUUGUAAAAUCUAUGUGUAUGAAAUAUUAAUUGGAUCAAGAGUAAUAAUUAAAAUCAACCUCAAAAUGCUGUACUUGUGAUAAUGCCAUUUUGAAUGUAUUUAGUCUUUGUUGUUGUGAUAUUUAAACAGGGAGUGGAUGGGGGACCAUCUUAAUUGGAACAUGUCUGUCGAACAUGCAUGUUUGUCGGUCAUUACAUGCUUGGACUUUACGGAUUCAAUCGACAUAUCCUAUUCCUUCAACCAACUUUUGCAUGGGAUCAAACAUCAUUAGAUCAGCCUCUGUUGUGAAUAGGAUCCCCACUGUGAUAUACAGCAUACAGUGCUAACACAGACUCCCUUAGCUGUCUAUACAUGGGCCCUAAUUCGAAAAGCAUUGGGUUCCAAGUCAGGCGCUCAAAUGGGGAAACAUCAAUGGGAGUCUGUAUUGUUUAAGAAACAAUUAAGAUUGUUCACAACUGUAGAAUGUGUUGGGGUCAUAAUAUGAGGUUAAUGUACAUGAUUUUUAUAAUGGAAAAUGUUGUUGCAGUCUGCUGAAAUAAAAUAGAAAUGAAAUGUUA